AUGAGUAAAGCUAGAAGAUUCCUAUCAAAAUCACAAGCUCUGCCAAUUGCACCUCCUCAAUUAGAUCCUCUCAGCUCACCUGAAACAAAACCGCAAUCUAGCCACAGAAUUUCAAUAAAGAGAAGUAACCAUAUUCCAAGCUUGUUGGAUGUUGCUGAAAAAAAGGAUAAAAAAAGGCAGGAUGCAAAGCAGGAUGUAAAGCAGGACGCAAAGCUUGGUGUAAAGCAAGAUGGAAAGCAGGAUGGAAAGCUUGGUGUAAAGCAGGACCCAAAGCGUGAUGUAAGUCAUGAUGCAAAAUCUGUUUCAUCGCUGAGAUCCGUUUCAUCGGUGAAAUCCGUUUCAUCGUUGAAAUCUGCUACAUCGGUAAAGACAGAUGCAAAAUCUGUGUCAACCUUGAAACCGACAGACAAAGAUGUUGAUUCAAAAUUGGCAAAGGAUACUAAUGGUGUAGCAAGAGUCAAUUCCACAAAAACAUUAGUUCCUGAGGAGAAAGUGGAGGAGAAGGACAAUGAGAAGGAGAAGGAGAAGGCGAAGGUGGUGGAUUUCUACACUCCUUUACAGGAAAUAUCAUCUGGAGUUCAAAGAGUAACUGAUGGAUUCAAAUCUGGCAAAACUCAUUCUCUCCAAUUUAGAUUGAACCAGUUGAGAAACUUGUAUUUUGCCGUGAAAGCAAAUGAAUCAAAACUUAUCGAGGCUUUGCAGAAGGAUUUUUACAGAACUCCUUCUGAGACUAAAAAUUAUGAGUUUGGUACUGGAUUAACCGAGUUGGUGUUUGUCAUGUCUAAUCUACACAAAUGGAUAAAGCCAGAAAAAGUCGAAGACAAGCCACUUAAUUUGAUCACAAAUAACGUUUACAUUGAAAGAAUACCUGUUGGUGUUGUGCUCGUGAUUGCAGCCUUCAAUUAUCCACUUUUUGUUACAAUUUCUCCAAUUGUAGGGGCAAUUGCCGCAGGUAACGCUGUUGUAUUGAAACAGUCGGAACUCACUCCAAAUUUCACCAGAUUGUUUUCUGGGAUAUUGACAAAAGCUUUGGAUAAAGAUAUCUUUUUUGCAGUUAAUGGUGCUAUUCCCGAAACAAAUGAACUUUUGAAUCAAAAAUUUGACAAAAUUGUGUUUACAGGUAGUAACACCGUAGGAAAGAUUGUUGCCACGAAAGCAGCGGAAACUUUAACGCCCGUUAUUUUGGAAUUGGGUGGUAAGUCUCCAGCAAUUAUUUUGGAUGACGUCAAUGAUAAAGACUUGUACAUCGUUGCACGUAGGAUUGCAUGGGGCCGUUUUGCUAAUGCCGGUCAAACAUGUAUUGGAGUUGAUUAUGUAUUGGUGCCAACCAAAUUGCACUAUAAGUUUACCGCUAUCCUAAAGAAGGUUAUUAACGAAGAAUUUUACCCUGGUUUAACUAAAAAUGAUCCUAAUUUUACUCAUAUUAUCCAUGAACGUGCUUUCAACAACUUGUCUAAAAUAAUUGCAGAUUCCAAAGGUAAAACUGUUGUUGGAGGUGAUGCGGAUGCCGUUACUAGAUUCAUUCCACCAACGGUGAUUGACGAUGUUAUGUGGACAGAUUCAACAAUGCAGCAAGAGAUAUUUGGUCCAAUUUUGCCAAUAAUUGAGUAUGACUCAUUAUCAGAUGCGAUUUCCAAAGUUACAGAACACCACGAUACUCCAUUAGCGCAGUAUAUUUUUACAAGCGGUCCAACUUCACCAACAUGCAAUAAACAAGUGAAACAAAUUCUCACAAAUAUUAGAUCUGGAGGUGCUAUUAUCAACGAUGUAUUGAUGCAUAUCUCGUUGCACAAUGCCCCUUUUGGGGGAGUGGGAAGCUCAGGAUAUGGUGCAUACCAUGGUAAAGUUUCCUUCUGCCUGUUUUCACACGAAAGAACAACAAUUGAACAGCAUUUGUGGAAUGAUUUUAUGCUCAAUGCAAGGUACCCACCACAUUCGAAUAAAAAGGAUAAUUUGAUUGAAACUUCCCAGGUUUCUUACAACGGUAAAGUUUGGUUUGGAAGAACGGGAGAUGUUAAAAUCAACGGACCAACUACGACAUUUGCUGUAUGGAACACUGCUCUUGGCCUAGCUCGACUUGUACGUGAUUUUGUUGGUGCAUCUAUGUAA